AUGCAAAACUGCCUCCAUGUCCAAUCCGGAGAAAAAGUGCUCCGGGAUGAUUGCGACAACAAAGCUGGGACGUUGCAAUGUCCGACGUGUCUGAAGCUAGACAUAAAAGACAGCUACUUUUGUGCUCAAGAUUGUUUCAAAAGGAACUGGAAUUUGGCAUUGACCGUAUCUAGGCUACUCAUAAGGCGAUCCACAAGACACAAAAUGGUAAAUAUUCAACACAUUAUCUACUUGGAACUUUUCACUGAUUACUUGAUAGCCGGUGGGCUUUACAACCCCUUUCCCACAUACCCAUUCAGUGGAAGUGUCCGACCUGUAUACCCACUGUCUCCACGACGCCCUGUUCCCAAGUCAAUUAAGCACCCUGACUGGGCUGAGACCGGAAUCCCCAAGCGAGAACUCCGGCUGAGCAAGUCGAAAUGGGAUUUCUUGGAUGCUGAAGGUCAAGCAGCCAUGCGCAAGGUGUGCAAGUUGGCUCGCGAGGUCCUGGACAUCACCGCCGCAGCCAUGAAACCCGGCGUGACCACCGACUAUCUGGACGAAGUCUGUCACAAUGCUUGUGUUGAACGAGAGUCAUACCCUUCCCCACUCAACUACCAUCACUUCCCAAAGUCAUUGUGUACAUCCCCGAAUGAGAUCGUAUGCCAUGGCAUCCCCAACCAAAGAGUUCUUCUUGAUGGCGAUAUCCUCAAUCUGGAUAUAUCCAUCUACCACGGCGGAUACCAUGCCGAUUUGAACGAAACUUACUACGUCGGCGACAAGGCCAGGGCAGACUCAGAUGCGAUUAGACUCAUCGAAACGACGCGAGAAGCCUUGGACAUGGCUAUUGCCAUCAUCAAGCCCGGAACACCCAUUCGGGAGUUUGGAAAAAUCAUUGAAAAGCACGCGAAUUCCAGGGGUCUCGCCGUUGUCAAGACUUGGGGUGGUCACGGCAUCAACUCAGAGUUCCACCCUCCUCCCUGGAUCCCACACUAUGCGAAAAACAAAGCUGUUGGGACAUGCAAGCCUGGGAUGACCUUCACCAUUGAGCCUAUUCUUACGCUAGGCACAAACCGGGAAAUGGAUUGGCCCGAUAACUGGACAAACGUUACGAUGGACGGAAAACGGACGGCGCAGUUUGAACAUACUAUGCUUGUAACCGAGACAGGCGUUGAGGUUCUGACAGCGAGGCUAGCGGACUCCCCAGGUGGACCAAUCCCCAUACCAGAUCCGGUAACUGAAAAUUGA